AUGGAUGUUCCAUUCAAUGUGACAUAUAUAACCCUGGAGGGGCAUGUGGAGGUGCACAGAUACAGAUAUCUUUAUUUUGUGAUCAUGUUUACAGUGUAUGUUCUGAUCCUCUGCAGCAAUUCCACGAUUGUGAGCAUGAUUGUUAUUCACAGGAACCUCCAUGAGCCUAUGUACAUGUUCAUUGCUGCUUUGAUGGUUAACUCUGUUCUCUUCAGCUCUGCUAUCUAUCCAAAGCUUCUGCUGGACUUUCUAUCAGAGAAACAGGUCAUAUCCUACUCAGCCUGUCUCAUUCAGAUAUUCCUGUACUACACUUUAAUCAGUUCAGAGUUUCUACUGUUGGCAGCCAUGUCCUAUGACAGAUAUGUGUCUAUAUGCAAACCUCUGCAAUAUCCAAAUAUAAUGAGAAGAAGAACUGUGAAUGCCUGUCUGGUUUUAUCUUGGGUCGUCCCUGCUUGUCAUAUUGCAGUGCCGGUAGCAUUCAGUACUAGCACCAGGUUAUGUGGUGUCACAUCCAAAGGAGUGUUCUGCAACAACACGAUUAACAAGCUGCAUUGUGUGCGGUCCAGGGCCAUGUCUGCGUACGGGAUAGUUGUUCUGGUUAACCUGUCACUUCUCCCCAUGCUCUUCAUACUCUUUACGUACACUCAGAUAUUCCUCGUGGCCUACCACAGCAGUGGAGCGGUCAGGAGGAAAGCUGCACAGACCUGUUUCCCCCACCUGAUGGUCCUCAUCAACUUCUCCUGUCUGGUUACCUAUGAUGUCAUUACGGAUAAGCUGGAAGAUGAGUUUCCAAAAAUUGUUCGUUUAAUAAUGACUUUACAAAUGCUUCUGUGUCACCCUCUCUUUAAUCCCAUCAUGUACGGACUCAACAUGAAAGAGAUCUCUAAACAACUGAGGGGGAUGUUCUGUCCAGAGAAAUCAAUCUGCUGUGUUCGGAUUCUAUAA